CUGUAAGCCUAGCUGAUCCUGUGGCUGGUAAGCCUGUGGCUGCGCGGGAAUCAGCGCACGUGCCGGAUAACGCUCGUAUCAGCAAUCGAAGCGCUGACUGAUCCUCACGAUGAAGCCGCACGACGCUCCAGCACAGCGACGACCGCCGUCUCCACCACCCCAGAGUGUAUCGGAAUCCAUCCGGUACCAGCUUACGAUACCGUUACAAGUGCGACGAGCUGCCGGCAGCACGCCCGCGUUGUCGCUCUCCGCACGCCUGGCUGCGACCGCUCCUCUCUCGAACGCGGCCGCUUUCUUGGGCUUAUCCAAGGAGAUCUCUGACAUUGUUCGAUCGUCUGAGUGCAAUAGAAAACCCACGACGGCAAACACCACGACUGUACCGCAUCGCUCGACACGAAGUCCAUAUAGCAUCCGCUUGCGACUCCUGGAUGCCUAUAUGCGCUUUGACGCCCUCUGUAUACUCUUAUUACACCUUCCUCAGCUCUUGCCGUGUGCGGGACUUGCUCUCUAGGGACAUGGCCAGCGCUGAGAGCCCUCACAUUGAAUCGCGAUUGAGAAAACAAGCACUCCGGCUUCUCACGUUGACAGUCACCAAGCUAGCAACCCAGAGAUGCCUUAGAAAGCUCUUUACACACUCCGGCGGUGCCAUAUUCUAUCUCAACUUCUGUAUCAAAUUUGGAGACUCUGUGACCCUCGCGGAAGCAAACGCACUUCGAUUCAUCGCAAAGCACACCUCCAUUCCUGUACCAAGAGUUUACCAUGCCUUCACACACCAGGGCAGGACUUAUCUACUUAUGGAAAGGAUUCGUGGCGAGACUAUAGCAAAGAGGUGGCAUUCGCUUUCGGACACGUCAAAGUCGUUGGUUUUCAGCCAGCUCAAACGGAUGAUCGAAGAACUCCGGUCUAUACCUUCCCAGGUUAGCAGCGUCUCCAAUUUGGAGGGUGGUCCAAUUUACGAUUGUCGGCUUCCUCGGACAUCUUCCUGGGGACCUUUCGGCACCUUAUCCGACUUCCACUUGGCACUUAGGAAUGAUGUGACUCUUGAAUCCCUCAAAGCACAAAGUCACAAUUUACUAAGUCCCGCUGCUAUUUCCGAUAUAACAAGACUCGUCGUGUUCCAUGAGUCUGUGAUACGUCCACCAGUCCUCACGCACGGUGAUUUGAGCAGCUUUAAUAUACUUCUCCGCGACGACAAAGUAGUCGGUAUUAUUGACUGGGAAACUGCGGGGUGGCUACCUUAUUAUUGGGAGUACACAACGGCAUGGCAUGCCAAUCCCCAAAACUACUUCUGGCAGAAAGAAGUGGGCAACUUUUUAGAGCCACAGGAAGAAGAAUUGAGUAUGGAGAGAAUUAGGCGUACGUACUUUGGGGAAAUAUAAUUGCCUCU